AUGUUGGCACAAAGCGGGAUCAGAGUGCUUGUGAGGAAGGGAGUUAUUGCUCCACAAGCACUUGCAAAGCAUCUACCUCUUGAAGCAUCGUGCAUUGAAGGCUACAGUCAGAUUCGUAAAGACCGUACUGACAGGAAAGGGGGUGGAGUUGCGAUUUACAUAAAAAACGAUAUUGCAAGCAGGCCUUUGGACUUGGUUGUACCUGGGGAACUGGAAUGCGCAUGGGUACACCUUCGGCCAAAACGGCUUCCGAGGGAGGUCUCGUCCCUGGCCCUUUGUGCUGUGUACAACCCCCCAGCCUCACCCCACGAAGGUGUGUUGCUAGAACACCUGUCGGAGUCCAUCGACAUGCUGCGCAACUCUCACCCAGAUAUAGGCUCUCCCGUUGGUCGCAGUGACCACGCCUGUGUCAUCAUGCCAGGGAAACACAGACAGACAUCUAACACUGUCCGCAAGAAGGUAGUCCGUCCGAUGCGUGACUCGGAUUCCAGGGCGUUUGGAUCUUGGAUCACCACUCACUCUUGGGAUGAGGUUCUGCUAGCCACCUCUGCCGAGUCCAAGUGCGAUGCCUUCUACAGUACUUUGAAGUGUGCGGUGGAUAAGUACUUCCCGACUAAAGUGGUGCGCCUCCACUGCAGAGACAAACCAUGGGUCACUCCCUGCAUCAAAGCCCUAAUCGCGAAACGCCAGAAGGCUUUCCACAAGGGUGACACAAGUGCCUGGAAACGGUAUCGGAACAGGUUUAUACGGGAAAUCUCCACUGCUAAACGAAACCACUACCGGGACAAGGUUGAACACCUCAAGACUUCAGAUCCCAAGGAAUGGUACCGCAACAUUAAAGACAUGACCGGCAUACGUCGUGACCAAGGCAACCAAAUCCUGGGCGUUAACAACACUAACCCGAAAGAAGCGGCUAAUGCCAUAAACACGCACUUGGCAGCAGCCUCCCAGCAAUUCCCGCCGCUGUCGCUAGAUGAACUGCCGUCCUUCCUGCCUGCGUGUACCCCUCCCCCGGUGGUCACAGUGUGGGAUAUGUACCACCAACUCCGUAAGGUGAAGGUAGGAAAGGCUUCCGGCGUUGAUAACAUCUCUUCCAGACUAGUGCGAGAAUUUGCGUUCGAGUUGAGCUCGCCUAUGACCGACAUCUUCAACACCUCUCUUGCUGAAGGAUCGGUGCCUUCUAUAUGGAAGAAAGCCAACGUUGUUCCUGUUCCGAAAGAGAACCCACCACGCCUUGACAAAUUACGGCCGAUCUCAUUAACUUCCAUCUUUGCUAAGAUAUGUGAAGGGUUUGUGACCAGGUGGUGUUUACAGGACAUUCUACCUAACAUUGACAACCGGCAGUUCGGCUCACUUAGGGGAAAGUCCACGACACAUUGCCUUACUAGCCUUGUUCACAGCCUUGCUUGUGCUACUGACAAACCCGGACAUGUUAGUACGUUGGUACUUACGGACUUCACGCGUGCUUUUGACCAAGGACAUCACCUGACGGCAAUGAACAAACUCCUCGAACUUGGUGUCCGCCGGUCCAUCCUUCCCUGGGUUUGCAACUUCCUCUCGCUCCGACAGCAACGUGUCACAUACAAAGGAACACUUUCAGAGUGGGAAACGCUCACCUGUGGAGUACCCCAGGGCACAAAGCUUGGUCCCCUGGUCUUCCUUGCCCUCAUAAACGAUGCAGCCCCCCAAGAUGAUACUUCAGCAGAGGCCUGGAAAUAUGUGGACGAUAUGUCUCUUGCAGAGGCCAGACUAGCGUCACACCCGUCGAAAUUCCUACAGUUCAGCGCUACAGACGUGUGA